ACCUGUUGAGGUUCAGAUAGAGAUGUAUAUCACUUGUGGAAGUUCAAAUAAAGGUGUGUCACCUGUGGAGGUUCAGAUAGAGAUGUAUGUCAGCGGUAGAAGUUCAGAUAAAGGUGUGUGUCAGUUGUGGAAGUCAAGAUAAAGGUGUGUCACCUGUGCAAAUCCAGAUUAAGGUGUAUUUCAGCAGUGGAAGUUCAGAUAGAGAUGUAUGUCACUUGUGAAAGUUCAGAUAAAGGUGUGUGUCAGAUAUGGAAGUGAAGAUAAAGGUUUGUGUCAGACAUGGAAGUGAAGAUAAAGGUGUGUGUCAGAUAUGGAAGUGAAGAUAAAGGUGUGAGUCAUUUGUGGAAGUUCAGAUAGAGAUGUAUAUCAUUUGGGGAAGUUCAAACAGAGUUUUAUGUCACUUAUGGAAGUUCAGAUAAACUCAGCCAGGAGUGGAUUUUCAGUUGGGGAUGAUAUGAAAGUUCAGUUUGAGGCAUAUAUGUGAGCUGUGGAAAUUCAUAUCAGUCCAGAUAUUUGUUAAACACUAAAUGUUCCAAGCUGUGGAAGUUCAAAUCAUAGCUUUUGUUGAUCAGCAGUAGGUUUUAAUGGAGACACGUCAGAAGUUGUGAUGAAAACCUGUCAUACGUGAAAGUCUUGGUAGAGGUGCAUAGCUCAUGGGUUUCACAUCAGCAGGUGUAUUGUGUAUCAGUAAUUAACUACUCGGUCUUCAUCAAAACCCAUUGUCGUGUCAGGAUUUAUAAAUGGACAAAGGAACUGUAUCAGCCCAUAGCGUAUGGAUUUUGAGACCUGACUACAUCAGUACUUUUUGUAUGUAUAUGAUCCAAAUACUGUGAAGACUUUGCUAUACACGUGUAGUACAUGACAUGAGGACAAUUGUCUGACAUCAUGGAUGAAUCUUGUCUGUCUUUUUGUUAUAAGGUUCACACAUAAUUAUUAAUCAUCAGUAGAAAGUCCUGUUACCUGUACUUAUUGCCAAUUUAUAUUCAAACAAUUCCUUUUUUUUGUUGUUGUUGUUUUUCAAUGUCAUUAUGUUACCAUGCUCUGUAUAGUGCACUUGAUUCAGUACAGUCAUUGAGUUAAAUGUUGGCAUUAAUUCCCUUGAAAUAAAGAGUUCUUAAAUUGAUUUGAUAGAACAUAGAAAACUUCUGACCUGUCUGAAGUUUUAAAAAUAGUGGUGGAAAUUUGGAGAUUUUGAUUGUUAAACAUGAGAAUGAUGACCAACAGAAGCAUUUUUCUAUUCGGAGAUCAGUGUUACUGUAUUAGUUGAUAAUUCAUCUAUUUUCUCCAUGUCACCAAUUUUCAUUUUUUCUAACCUUAAAAUGAAAUUUAAGACGCACAGGUGUUUUAAGUUGCCACUCAAUAAUUACAUUUAAGAAUAUGGUAUUUGAUGCAUUUUUACAUUGUUCAGGCAUGUGACCAAGGAAGUGAGAGGAGGGUGGGGAAUUAACACAAAACCAGCUUGAGUUAAUGAAGAUGAAACAUGGCAGCGCAUACAGUAGAAGAUGACGAUGAAUGCUUAAAUUUAACUCUUUAAAUUAACAAUUAACUGUCUAUACGAGUGUCUUCAUCAUUCAAUCUAUCUAUACUGAUUACCUGUUACUAUGGAGAUGUAGACAGUUUAUUAUUUUAUGCUGUAAUUACCUGGUUUUCUCCACUCGUAAACAGACUGCAUGUCAACGGUAAUGGCAUUAAACACCUUUCAAAUAAAUAAAUAUGAAAGUUGCACAACAGAAUACCAAAAUGUCUUUCAUGUUAACAUUUUCCAUGGUUAAAAUGUUGUUUUGUCUCAUUUUCAGUUUUCUGUUCAAGCCUCGGUUAUUUGGAUCAACUGCAUUGUUUAUUUACAAAUACUUUAUUUUUGUACAUGUUAUUAAGCUGGGGAAUGUAAUUAAUGUACGAACCCUAUUGUUGAAACAGCUAUGUAUUAGUCCUUAUGUAUUAGGCCUGCCACAUAUACUAAUGUCUAGAUACUGUGAAAGCAUGAAUUAGUUUAUAGCAGGAGAAAAGGAUAAACUCUAUACCUUCAACUGAUAUAUUGUCCUGAAGGUCUGCUUUAGUAAUUUGUCAAAUGUUUAUAAUCAGUCAAAUUAUUCUAUGCAUUAUUUUAGUGUAGAUUGCCCUCGGACAUUCUUCCCAGGUGGAGAUGUUAGAUAUAUCAACAGGCUUGUAGGCCUACUUGUACUGUACGUCUCUGUUAAUUGGUUGUCAUGUCAGUACAGUAAAAUGUACACUCGAACAUUUUUAAAUUACCGGUACAGCCAUUAGUCAUGUAAAUCAUAUGUUACAGGUAACGGUAUAAUUAAAAAAAAAAAAUUAAACGCUGUGUGCUUUUGAACUUUUAUAAAAUAAAACAAAACUUUUUCUUUUUAUUAUUAUUGUUCAUUGAACUUAAAUUAAAUCAUCUAUUCUACCUUUACUGAUUAAAUUUGAACAUUGGUAGGACAUCCUGGUAGGCCUAUAUUAUUAUCGUAUGCGUAUGUUAUAUAUUAAACCGUGACCAAAUUAAACUGCACAAGGAAAACAGUCUGAAAAAGGCCUCACCUCGUAAAAUUUAACUGUUUAUGCACUUUAUAUGUAGAUGCAGUUAACUUCUCUACUAUUAUCAGUCUAAAACUUCACAUUUGCUUGUAAGAAGCAGAAGAAAAAAGUGUGCAUGUGUAAUGAUGGAAAGUCACCAAUGGUUGCCGAUCAAUGAUAAAGAGUUACCUCCCUUCGGCGGCUCGAUUUAGGUUAGUCACGUGGGUAUCCAUGGUUACGUUACAGAUCACUACUUGUUCGAUCUGUCAAAAUACGACACAGUUUUAACUGUUUUUCACCUUUUUGGGUGUCAUUUAUCCAGUAGCAAUUGACAGAGGUACACCAUGGCAAGCAGUCAAGCAGAUGGCGAGAAACUAACCAGCAAAAAGCUCUUUAUAAACCAGAUCGACCAAUAUCAAGGCAAGAAUUUGGCCAAGUACUUGUCCAGCUGUGUUGUUGGAGCAUCACUGGAAGAGGCUGAGGAAGAGGAAGAUGCAAAGUCAGUGGACAGUUCAUUUGUGCCUGGAUCUAAAGAGGGAUGCUAUGAGAUUGUGGGAACAGUUAAAGAUAAAGACCAACAGAAACCCAGCUUUGUUAAAGAGUUAAUUCAGUAUGAAAAUAAAGACCAAUUGUAUGAGCAGCUUGUGGAGUGUGAUGUCAUUGUGUAUGAUAUAACUGAGGACCCAGAUCAGAUUGAUGAGGCGGUUUGGGCUGUCUCAGAACUUCAUUCUGAUCUGGAAAGAAUUGAGAAACCCAAGAUGUUUAUCCUGGUAUCUACAGCUAUGACUUGGGCUAAAAGUAAACCAUUAGAUCCGGAAGAUCCAGAGAUUCCCUUCACUGAAGAUGAUUAUCGUCGUAGGAAGCCCCAUCCAAACUUCAAAGAACACAUAAGUGCUGAAAAAACAGUUAUCAAACUUGGAAAAACUAACAAGGCCAAGCUGGUAACAUAUGUGGUGUGCUCUGGACUCACCUAUGGUGCAGGAGAAAACAUCUUCCAUUAUCUCUUCAAGGCGGCAUGGCACAAUGCCCCAGAGCUUCAGUGUUUUGGAGAUGGAUUUAAUGUCGUGCCAACCAUCCACAUUAGGGACUUGGCAGCUGUUGUACAGAAUAUUGCAGAUAGUCGGCCUAAAGUUCGAUACUUGGUGGCAAAGGAUGAUGCUAACAAUACCCUUGAAGAAAUUGUAAAGGCUGUCAGUGGAACACUGGGUACAGGGAAGAUUAAACAGAUCACCAAAGAAGAGGCUCUUCUUUGUAAAGAUAUUGAGCAAGCAGAUUUUGACAUGUUGCUGGUGGACCUGCGCAUGGACGCUGUCAACGUGAAAGAGAACAUGAGGAUACAGUGGGCGUCUGAGGCUGGUCUUGUGGAGAACAUCACUGAAAUCGUCAAGGAGUAUAAAGCUACCAGAAGUUUACUGCCUCUGAGAGCAUGUAUACUAGGCCCACCUGCCUCUGGGAAGUCCACUGUGGCCAAACAACUGUGUGACCAUUACAAACUUCACCAUAUCCAUCUCAAAGAUGUCAUCACAGAGGCAAUGGAGAAACUGGAAAUUUUAGCAAACCGUGCUGAUGAGGAAGACACGGAAGAAGAAGAUGACGGAAAAGCUCAGGAGGCGCAGGAGUUGUUAGAGCAGAUCAAUGAGGACAAAGAUCCUAAUACUGGACGGAUCGAUGAUGUCCAUGUCAUUCGCUUCCUAAAUGAGAAACUUCACUCCAUGCCUUGUCAGAACCAAGGCUUUAUCCUGGAUGGUUUCCCAAAAACCAUAGCACAGGCCAAAGAGCUCUUCUCUAAGGAAGAAGAGGAUGAGGUGGAGGACACCAGCAAGGAAGGUAACUAUGACAAGGCCAUUAUGCCUGAGGUGGUAGUGUCAUUUGAGGCUUCAGACGAGUUCCUGAGGCAGAGGGUGAUGAACCUGCCUGAGAGCACAGUGGCAGGGACUCACAACACAGAGGAGGGGCUGACACGUCGGCUAGCUGAGUUCAGGGCCUGUAACCCUGAUGACGAGACUGUCCUUAUCUACUUUGAUGAGCUUGAGAUACACCCGGACAAGAUAGAUAUUUCCCAGGACAGCUCCCCAAUGAUGAGGGAUACUGUGGAGAAGGUAAAGAAGAUGCUGGGACAACCCAGGAACUAUGGGUUAACCCAGGAGGAAAGGGAGGAGCAGCGCAGGCUAGAGGAGGAGGCCCGGUUAAAGAAGGAGGCUGAGGAGAAGGCAGAGCGUGAGCGUAAAGAGGCUGAAGAGGCUCAGGAGACUAAGAGGAAACAGGAGGAAUGGACUGCACGCCUGGAUGAGGUAAGAAGGGAGGAGUAUGAGUUGCUGGAGGCUCAGUCCAUUCCUCUGAGAAAUUACCUGAUGAAACACGUCAUGCCCACCCUGACCCAGGGCCUGAUAGACUGCUCCAAAACACGACCAACAGACCCCAUUGAUUAUCUGGCUGAGUUCUUGUUCCAGAACAACCCACAGAUAGACUAAGAUGCUUCGUCAACAUCGUCUCGUCAUUGUUACAUACAGUCCAGUCUUCAGGGUUUGAACAGAAUCUACAUUUUCAGUUUAUAAUGGGCUGUGAUAUACCAAAUGCAGGCAAAUUGUUUGCUAGGAAGAAUGUUUCUGUUUCAUCUAGCUGUUGUUAGUACACAUGAUUGACUUUCCCGUUGUAAAUAUUUGUAUAUUACAGAAUAAAUUUU